AUGAGUAUGUGUGGGGAGCUGAGCUAUUUCCUAGGCCUGCAAGUCAAGCAACAAGAUCAUGGUAUCUUCAUUUCUCAAACCAAGUAUGCAAAUGACUUGGUAAAGAAGUUUGGUAUGAGCUCUACCAAACCAACAAGGAAUCCCAUGGCUACACACAACAAAAUUGAUGCUGACCCAUCUGGAAAAUGUGUAGAACAAACACUUUACAGAAGCAUGAUUGGAAGCCUCUUAUAUUUAACAGCCAGUCGACCCAUCUCAUUCAAUGUUAGUGUGUGUGCUCGCUUUCAAGCAAAUCCAAAGGAGUCGCACUUGAAUGCAGUCAAGAGAAUCAUCAAAUAUGUAAGUGGUUACACCGAUGCGAAUUGGGCUGAAAACGUUGAUGAUAGGAAGAGCACAUCUGGAGGGUGCUUUUAUAUGUCAGAUACGGAGUCAGAGUAUAGUGAUAGCCUAAGGGCUUUUGAGGGAGAGUUGUCUUCGGAAAGCUCCGUUGCAAAGCUUGAGAGUGCCGAUUAUGAGAGCACCGAUGUUGAAAUAGUAGAAGAUACAAAAGUUGUGAGCCUUCGACAUCCGGUCGCAGAGCCAAGGCGGCUAAG